AUCAUCGACGAGUUGACGUGUUUUGCCAGCUGACAACGACAGCAUGUUCACAGUGGAGCUAGCUAGCGAUGUAAACAAUCAUUCUGCAACUCACAGGUGGCGGCAAUACACCAAGGUGUAUGUAUAGUCUGUCAAUACAACUUUGAAGAAGAAGAAUCAUUCUGCAAAUUCGGCAGUAUUUAUACUUGAAUGACGUGCACUUUGCAGCAGUGAAGGGGUCCACAGCAACUUUGAUGCAACUGUGAACAUCAUCAUCAUGGCUUCGAGCUUCGCCCCACCGAAACUGGCUAAUUUCAUUCUCACAGAGAGGCUGGGCAGUGGCACCUAUGCGACAGUUUACAAAGCAUACAGAAAGGGGGACAACCGGGAGGUGGUAGCAGUGAAGGUGGUUGGGAAGAAGACUCUGAACAAGGUGUCUAUGGAGAACCUGCUGACUGAGAUAGAGAUCCUGAAAACUGUUCGCCACCCUCACAUUGUUCAGCUGAAGGACUUUCAGUGGGACAGUGAAAACAUCUAUCUGAUCCUGGAGUGGUGUUCUGGUGGGGACCUGUCCCGUUUCAUCCACAGUAGGCGCUUGCUACCUGAGAGGGUGGCUCGGCUCUUCCUGCAGCAGAUAGCCUGCGCUCUUCAGUUUCUCCAUAAUCAUAACAUCUCCCAUCUGGACCUGAAACCCCAGAACAUUCUGCUCAAUGGUUCUGUUCUUAAACUAGCAGAUUUUGGCUUUGCGAGUUACAUGUCUCCGUGGGAUGAGCAGAGUGCUCUGAGGGGCUCUCCUCUCUACAUGGCCCCUGAGAUGGUGUGUCGAAGGCAGUAUGACUCCAGGGUCGAUCUCUGGUCUGUGGGAGUCAUCCUGUAUGAGACACUAUUUGGCCGGGCACCAUUUGCCUCCAGAUCCUAUGCUGAACUGGAGGAGAAGAUCCGCAGUGACAAGCCCAUCGAGGGACACUCCUGUGCCGGAGUGGGUACUACAGUCUCCUCCUCAAUCCAGUGGCCAGGACAGAGUCUGCCUGCAGGGGCCAGAGUGUCCAGGAACUGCAGGGACUUACUGCUGCGGCUGCUGGACAGGGACCCUGACACCCGCCUCACCUUCGCUCAGUUCUUCUCCCACCCCUGGGUGGACCUCGAGCACAUGCCCAAUGCAGAGAGCCUGGGGAAAGCGAAGGAUCUGGUCCUGAAAGCUGUUCAGAAGGACCAGGAGGGGGAUAGAUCAGCUGCUCUGUCUCUGUACUGCAGCUCACUAGAGCACUUUGUCCCCGCCAUUCACUAUGAGACAGACAGACUGCGUAAAGAUGCCCUUAGGCAAAAGGUUAGUCAGUACGUGUCCAGGGCAGAGGAGCUGAAAGCUCUGGUGUCUGCAGACAACAGCCUCUGCUUUGAGCAGUUCAAGUCCACCAGAGACAUCCUGAGAGAGAUGUCCCGUGACCAACCACGGGUGCUGGCUGCUCUGGAGCUGGCAUCUACAGCUAUCACCAUGGAGGAGAAUGGGAUAGAGGACCAUGAUACACUGGCUCUGUACCAGCAGAGUCUGGGAGAACUACUGCUAGCCCUGGCAGAAUGCCUUGCUGCUGGAGAACUGGUCCCCUCCUCCUCAGGCAGGCUAAUUGAAGAAAGGCUGCUUCAGUUUCAAGGGUUCCCCCUGAGCCUCAGUGGGCUAUCACAACCAAACUGGCUCGCUGAAGCCCAGGGGCGCCGGAGAGAGUUGCUCCACGGUGAGAUCAAGAGCCUAAUGACCCGAGCUGAAUACCUCAAAGAACAGAUCAAGAUGCUAGAGACCCAAAAAGACGUUUCAAUGGAUCGAGAGCCUCUAUCAGAAUCUGUGAGAAGUUCAUGCUGUGUGCAGUGAGCCAGCCUGGCAGUAGGAACCAGAGAGAGGGUCCAUCGUGCCUGCGGAGGCCCAGACCCCUGCACCUCUACGGGUCAGGCUAAGGAAUCCAUCAGGUCUCUGUGGCCAUGGCCUCAGUAGUCUCGCAUCACCCUACUCGUAAGUCUCAAUCAUCGCACGGCUGUUGUUUCCCAACAAACAUGAGAAAGCCUGGAAAUGGAGGCUAUGGCAUCAGAGAGAAUCUACUCUGUUAUUACUCUGCCUGGACUUCAACUAGCAGCUUGUCAGCCUUGCAUCCCCUCACCAACACAACACAGAAGACUGUCAGAGUCUCCAGUCACUGCUCAGCCUUAAAGCCCUCCUGCCUAACCAUUCAUAUGGAAAGGCUGGACAGCUUGUAUGCUAAUACUGUACUGUCAUGAUAAACUCGUGCUGUAUCAUGUUGUUGUUAUGUUGCAGGAUGAAUAAGGGUAAUAAUGAGCCUCAAAUGCUUGUAGUUGCAAAAGAGAUGGCGACUCAGAAUGGCUACCCAGCAUAGCAAGUUUGUCGUCUGUAACUGAAGGGAGUUAUCGAAAUGUAUCAUGAAUAUUUGGGAAAGCCCUUCUGUCGCCCCACACACACACACACACACACAAACAAAAUCCCUUUUCUGUGGCCUGACCACAGCCUCACCACGCUCCCUCUGCUGAUGGAGCAGCCUCUACCACUAUGAGAGGAAAACUGGAGAGGUGCGGCUGCUGCCUUAUUUACUCUGUAGACUUUCAUUUACUUUUGGGUUGGCACUGGUCAGGAUGAAGGCAUACAGUAGCAACUGUGAAGUCAAGGCGUGCAUCACAACUGUUAUUACUUGUGGGUUGUUGUGGGUCUUUUCCUUUCUGUUUGUUUUCAGUGAGCAAGGUUGUGUGCAUGAAUCUACUUUCAAGGGAACUUUUAGUAUUUGUGAAUAGGCUGUAUCAUAGGAGGCGAUCUGCUGUCUGUAAUCAGGAAAUGGAAUGGUGUAACUGAAAAGGAAGAAAUGUGUGUCGAAUUGAGAACUGACAAUUGUGUAUUGUUUUUGUUGAAACAUUUUGUAUGGGUAUGAUUUUAUAAAUUAUUUAUUACCGUAAAAGGCUGAUUAAAUUUCAUUAAAAUGGCUAUGUAAUGUGUU